CUGGCGGGCAGUACAGUCCGCUUGCAACACGCGCAAUAUUCUCACAUUCUUAGAGACACCGUUUAUUAACUCCUACUACUGCUGCCUGAUACACAUUAAAACCUGGAGAAGAUGCCACCUCGACGCAUUGUGAAUGACUACGAGUCCGACUCGGACGUCUCCAACUUUGGCGACUUUGAUGAGGGAGUGCGAGGUAAGGGAAAAGGAAAGGGUAAGGCGAUAGACAGACGGAAAAAAGACAAGGGGAAGGGGAAGGCAAAGGAGCAACCAUAUGCUUGGGAGGCGUCCUACACAAGAUCUUGGGAUACAGUGCAGGAGGAUGAGGCAGGUAGCUUGCAAGGCGCGGUGCAGGACCUCAUUGCGAGAGGAAGACGAAGGCGGUUACUCGCGCCAGCCGCCGCCAUACGCCGGACGAUUAUCCGCCACCUCGUUCUGUUGCUGGACCUGUCGUCGGCGAUGAUGGAUCGAGACAUGCGGCCGACGCGCUUCGACCUCAUGCUGCAGUAUGCGCGCGAGUUCAUCACGGAGUGGUUCGACCAGAACCCGCUCGGCCAGAUUGGUGUCGUGGGCAUGCGCGCAGGAUUUGGGGAGCGGAUAGGAGAGAUGUCCGGUAACCCGCAGGAUGUACUAAAAGCCCUCUCGGAGAGGCACAAACUAGAGCCAAACGGGGAGCCCAGUUUACAAAAUGCCAUAGAGAUGGCACGAGCCAGCAUGAGCCAUCUGCCCACGCACUCCUCGCGCGAGAUUCUCAUCAUUUUCGGCUCGCUCACGACAUGCGACCCGGGGAACAUCUUCGACACGCUCGACAACUGCAUCAAAGACCGCAUCCGCAUCUCGAUCGUCGCGCUCGCGGCCGAGAUGAAGAUCUGCCGCGAGCUCUGCGAGAAAACCGGCGGCCAGUUCGGCGUCGCGCUGAAUGAGGGACACUUCAAGGACCUUCUAUUCGAGCUCAUUCCGCCGCCGGCGCAGCGCGCGGUCGCGCGGACGCCAGGCGGCGCGCCGACGAACCCCGCCGCGGACCUGAUGAUGAUGGGGUUCCCGACGCGUCUGCCGGACACGUCCCCGCCGAGCCUGUGCGUAUGCCACUCGCGGAUGAAGAGCGAGGGCUUCCUGUGCCCACGCUGUUCCGCGAAAGUGUGCGACGUCCCGACGGACUGCGAUAUUUGCGGGCUCAUGAUCGUGAGCUCGCCGCACCUCGCGCGCAGCUAUCAUCAUCUCUUCCCUGUCAAGCCUUACCAGGCCGUAAUGUCUCCGGAUGAUGUGCCUGCCGAUAGUACGCGAUGCCAUGGCUGUUCAAUCAGUUUCAAGGAUGCAUCUGCGACAAUGGCUGGUGCAUCGAGUGAGGGCAUGAGCCCUAUGGGCCGCUACCGCUGCCCGGAGUGCCAAAACGACUUCUGCACAGACUGCGAUGUCUUUGUACACGACGUCGUCCACUGUUGUCCUGGUUGCGAGAAGUAGGUGCGCGACUGCGUGCUCCGGCGUUGUGCUUGAGGUCUCUGUAGCGGUGCACUCGCAUGCAAUAUAUCUUGCGCAUCGUAUGUGGUGCGAUUUGCGUCGGGC